AAAUUAGCCACUCUAAUGACAAAUGAUACACAACGUUUGAAUAGGCAAGAUGGGACGGCGUAAAGGGUUGAAAGUAAAACUAGAAGAUAAAGAAGAAUUAAAGAAAUAUGUUGAUAAAGUAAAAUAUGAAGAUGUCCGAAAAUCUAAUUCCUUGCUUGGUAAUUUGGCGAAACAAAUGCUUACAAUUAAUGAUAUUACCUCAAGACAAUGCAUAUAUGAUCAGAUAAAGAUAUUGAGACCAGCUCACAUUAGUGGACAAAGCAAAUCAAGUAAAGGCCGUCGUUAUAAAAACCCAUUUUGGUUAAAACGUGGAAGCUAUGAAAUUGGAACGAAACCAAAAAACUCUCAAAAAAUCUUUAAACUUGAAAAAAAUGAAGAAACAAAAAAUGUGACGCAUUCAGGUGAGAAUGAAUAUAAUACCGAGACAGCAAAGGAAAGAAACAUAAAAGCAAAGAGUGUUACUGUAAGCACAAGGGAAAGAAACAGAAAACGUUAUAUUGAUUGUGAAACAACAACAAAUAGAAACAAAAAACACGACUGUAAUGGUGACAUGUCAAGAAACAGACACAUAGAAAGAGAAUGCGAGAUUCAACAGAAUUUCGAUAGAGACGUAAAACGUCAAAGUGAUGCUACAACAAUAAAUGAAAGAGUUAAUCAAUGUGAAAGUGAUAAUGAAACAGAUAGAGGUAGACAGAUAAGAAGUGAACUUAAAGAUGAAAGCGGAAUUAAUAAAAGAUGUAUUGGAAACGUUAUUAAAAAAGACAUAAACAAAGAUCUUUGUUCUGAACCACGAAGAUAUAACAGAAAAUUUGAAAGUAAUACUCUGACCAAAAGAUAUAGAUACAAAACAAGUAAAAAUAGUGCUGCUGCAGCAAUAGAAAGUGACAGAAAAAGAAAACAAGAAAGAAAAAAAGGUAAAUACAAUAAAAAAGAUUCUGACUCUAAAUCAACAAUAGAUGGAGACAAUGAUAUAGACGGUGAUAUUGACACCACAACAGAUAUGGACAGUCAAAGUGAAUGUGGGACUGAAAGAAUAUUAGACAGAUACAGUAAAGGUGGUAGUUUUAUAACAAUUAUAGAUAAAUACAAACAGAGUAAGAAUGUAACAACACAAAAUAUGAACAGACAAAUUGAUAGUGAGAAUGAAACAGAAAAAGGUAAAAACUCACAAAUUGAUAUUAAAAAUGAAACAACAAGAGAAAGAGAAAUGCAAAGUGAUAAUGAUAAUGAAACAACAGCAUUUAUUGACAAACACAGUGGAAGUGAGAAUGAAACAAUAGACAAACGCAGUUAUACUGAUGAUGAAACAAAUAUAGAUAGACAAAAAGAGAGUAAUUAUAAGAAUAAAACAACAGAAGACACGGACGAACAAAAUGGAAGUGAUCAUGUAAAUACAAGAGAUAUUCACAUAAGAAGUAACAGUGAUAAAGCAACGAUAAGAGACAGAAACAGACAAAUUAAUAAUGAAUUAAAAACAAUAAGACAAAAACAAGGAGAAACUGAUUACGAAACAAAUAGAGAUAUGCACGGAGAUAUUGAUAAUGAGAAGAAAACAAAAAGAGAAAGAUAUAGACAAAGUGAUAUUGAUUUUGAUACCAUGCGAGAUAGUGGACGUGAUUGUGAUACUGAGAAUGAAAUCAUAAGAGAUAUACACAGAGAAAGUGACAGUGAUGAUAGAGCAGUAAAGGAAAGGGUCAGACAAAAUUAUAAUGAAGCAACAAAAACACCAACACAAAUUGAUAGUUAUUAUGAAACAAAUAGUGAUAUUGACAGUGCAAUUAUAAGUGCGAAUACCUCAAUAAGUGAAAUAGACAGACAAAGUGAGAAUGAUAAUAUAACUACAAGUGAUAUGGACGGCGAAAGUGACAAUGAUAGUGACACAACAACAGUUAGAAACAGACAAAGUGCUGACGAAAAAACAACAAAUAUGGAUGAAGAAUUUGGUAGUUAUAAUGACAGAAACAUAGAUAUGGACAAAGAAUGUGAAAGUGAUAUUGAAACAGUCAGAGUAAGAAACAGACAAAGAGCUAAUGAAACAACAACAGAAAAACUCAGACAAAUAAAUAGUGAUAAUAAAACAAAUAUGGAUAUGGAAAAAGAAAUUGAUUCUGAGAUUACUUUAACAAGUUCUAGCAACAUAAAAGGUGAUAGUAAUAAUGAAAGAAAAAGACAUAUGAACAGAAAAUAUGCUAGGUAUAAUGAAAGAAAAAGGGAUAUGGACAUAGAACGUGAUGAUAACAGAACAAUAAGAAAUGGAAACCGACAAAGUGCCUAUAAAACAACAACAAAAAGACACAAAGAAAAUGAAAGUGAUAUUGAAACAAAAAGAGACAAGCAAAGUGGUAACGAAUCAUCAACUGAUGGACACAGGCAAAGUGAAAGUGAUAAGGAAACAACAAGACGAAGACUAAGUGAUAGUGAUAGUGAUACAGAAGUAACAAGAGAUGUAGACAGGCAGGGUAAAUAUGAUAAUAGAACAAGGCAAGGAGACAAAAACAAUAAGAGUGAUAUAGAACUUGGAGAAACAGAUAUUAAAACUGAAAGUGAUACUGACAAAACAAGAGAUAGAGACAGGGACAGUGGUGCUGAAAGAGACAAAAAAAAAAGAAAAAGUCGGGUCUUUUUCUUUUGAAAUUCUAUACAAACAAUGG